CUGGUGCAGAGCCUUCUCUCUCUCAUCUUCCAUCUGACCCAAUCUCCCUCAUCGCCUUCAAAUUUCACGAAGCAUCUAUAAUUUCUUCAUCAAAUCAAUCUCAAAGACAGUUUCCAAAUCUGCGUUUUUCGACAUCAACAUCCAAGAAUUACGUGAAUCAAAUGGCCAUGGAACAGUACUCCCAAGAAACCAUCCCUCAAAACGCUUUUCUCAAAGAGAACGAAGCCUCGCUGGACAAGUGGAAAUCAUCGUCUGAGGUCGUUGAUGAGUCUGAAGACAGUCCUUCCGCCGGGUUUGACUGUAACAUCUGUCUAGAUUCCGUCCAAGAUCCGGUGGUUACACUCUGUGGCCACCUCUAUUGCUGGCCGUGCAUAUACAAAUGGAUUCAUCACCAAAACUCUUCCUCAGAAACUCCAAACAAACACCCACAAUGCCCUGUUUGCAAAAACGACAUCUCUCAAAAGACUCUAGUUCCUUUAUACGGUCGUGGUCAAACUACAAAACCACAGUCCGACGAAAAAACGUUCAUGAUCCCUCGUAGGCCCCCUAGUCCGAGCUGUGGGGCCUACACGGUGCCAAGUCGACAACUAGCUCCGGGGCCCACAUCUAUAUCGAAUGUGAUGAUCAACCCGAUGAGUCCAACGACUGGGAUGCUUGAAGAAAUGGUAUCCGGGAGGAUUUUUGGGAACUCCCAAGUGUCUUUCUAUGCGUAUCCCAAUUCGUAUAAUCUAGUGCCGAUUAGUACUCAACGAGCUAGAAGGCAGGCAAUGCAAGCCGAUCGGUCGCUUGGCCGCGUUUGCUUUUUCCUCUUUUGUUGCAUAAUGUUAUGCCUCAUCUUCUUCUGAUUAACAGUCUUUUCCUGCUACUUGCUCUAUGCACAUUUGUAAAUAGUCAUGGGUUGUUAAAUAGCAUGGUGUCGGCAUAUGGUUCAAUGGUUGGGUGAUCGUUGAGCUUUCGCAAGAUCGAUUGGUUAUCCGAUUGGUUUGAAAUUCGUUAUCUUCCAGUUUGUAUAUUUGAAGAUUGAAAAGAUGGAGAACAAUAAUUUGAAUCAAAUUAGAAGUCUUUUUGUUGA